GCGAAAAGCAUGUACGUUUUUGGGGCCACAGGCACUGACGACGAACGGACGUCCGUCGCACAGGGACUCGUCACAACACGAAGAAAAAGAAACUCACGAUCGAACGAAAGCUCGGCUGGCCAGGAGGUCAGCCAUCCACCCUGUGUGUGACUUGGCGGGCUGGAUGCCACAUUUGGCUGGCUGGCUGGAAGUGUUUGCAGCUGCCGUCGGUCCGCCGUUGUUGAUCACUCUCCGUCCCAAGUACAGCUUUUCUAGGGAGAAGUCGCCAGAAGUAGGCGAAGAAGAUCUCAGAGGAGGAGGAGGAGGAGGAGGAAGACGAAGGAGCUGCCGCCGCCAUGGCGACUUUGGCAGCAGUAUCCUCUAGCGCUGCGUCCUCCGCGGUUGCGCUGCGGAACUUCGAGGGACUUAGACCUGCUGCACAGCAGCCGAAUCAGCGAGUGGAUCACUGUUUUGAAGUUCCUGCUGCUGCUGUUUCUUCUGGGCGCUCCACACCAGGCCUUCCUCUGAUAGUAGCACAGAAGAAAGUGCAAAAGAAGCAGCAAAUUAUUUUGACGAAGAGCAUGGACAAACUGGGAAAAGAAGGAGAUCUUGUCACAGUCAAGCCUGGAUACUUCCGGAAUUACCUUUACCCCUAUGGCAUGGCCAAAGUGGCUACUGCCCAAGUACUCAAGCAAAUACAGCUUGCUAGGGAGAGAGAGGAAGCUGAGAAGAAACGGGUGAGAGACGAGGCAGAGAGCAUAAGGAUGCAGUUCAAUACAAUUGGAGGAUUUAUUGUGCGGAGAAAGCAGGGUAAAGGAAAGAGCAUUUUUGGAAGUGUCACAAGUCAGGAUAUUGUGGACAUCAUCAGAGCGCAAACAAAAAGGGAAAUCGACAAGAAGAGCGUGACUAUGCCGGAAGACAUCCGUGAAGUUGGACAGUAUGUCUGUGAGAUUAAACUGCAUCCAGAGGUGGUUGCAGAUGUCAAAUUUACUGUAGUAGGUACUAAAUGAGGACUGGGGAUGUGGAUCCACUUGUUCAAUGGAUCUGACAUGGGCUGUUCAUGCAGAGGGUGGUGGCAGUAGUUUUUUCCUCGGUGGUUUACUUUUCUCCAGAGAUUUUGUUUUUGCUUGGUAAUGGUGGCAGUAGUUUUUUCCUUGCUUGUUUACUUUUCCCAGUGCUUUUGCUUUUGCUUGGCAAUUUUGGUUAAUGCCAAAUUUGCUGGCAGGUGUAGAUUCAAAUCUACCAUGCUUUGCAUUGAAAAAGUUUUCAGCCUUUGGAUAUCUGUGGGUAUGGUAUGGCGUUUGCCUGCCUGUUGUAUUGAACGUCGUCCAGCAUGCGUCUUUUCCACCGAAAAUGACACGAAAAUCAAAGGAUCUGUUCGUU